AAGACCUAAAUAUAUCUCUAAAGACUCGACUUUUCGGGACAAGCGGGAUCCCAAGGAACCGGGUGAGGGACCGCCAGCGUACCCUUCCGUACAUUUCAGGUGCUCUCCAGCUCGUGAUACCAGCGCGAAGUGGUGGCACAAAGUUGUGGAGUAGACUCGAGAAAGGAGAAGAGGGUGAAGGAGAAGAUUGCACUGUUCCCGCUGUAUGGCCUAGUACAAAGGAGUAAGAGGCAAAAAAGGGAGAUUGUGUAGUGUCGGCAGUUGAGAGAGCUGGGUAGUCGCGUGCUACAGAGAUCUCUUAACCAUGCUUCCAAAUAAGUCUCAGCCCUUUCCGAAACCAUCUGUCGAGAUUUAAUGGGUGGAGAGUCACCACACGACGCUACUCGAUGAGCCAACUCGAUAAUUCCGCUCACGUUUCACCGUAUGGAUGUCUAUUUUAGGUCAGGCGUAGGUCUUCCAUGGACUGUGUAUAUAAAUGUGAACUCCUUGGGCUUGAUGUCCUUGCUGGCCUAGCAUGCGAUAGUUAUACGAACGAAUCCUGCCACCAGUCGCUCUCGUCCCAUUGACUCCCCAAGAUAAAGAGGCUUCAUGGAUCCGAACUCGUUGCCGGAAGUGCUUAGCCGAAACGUUGGUAGGCACGCAUCGUUGUGUCAUCGGAAGGACGGUUUUGACGAGACAGUAUGGAGUUACAGUGCACCAGAACUACCGAGCCACGAUCCAGACGGCAAUACUCUCUCGCCGAGGCAAGGGAUAGACGACGGUCAAAAUCAGCCGUCAAGCCUCAGUAGCGACUUAGAGAAGAAAGGGGGUGGAGAAGAUCCAAGGGUACAUAUAUUUCUCGGUAGACCUAUGACAGUCAUACACGAGAUAGCUUUUUUUGCCAUUGUAUCGACGGCCAACUUCACUCCACGGGCUGACCUGGGGGUCACGAGUUCAGGGCAACUCAUAUGGAUCAUCGCGGGCUACGGUUUAUCUGGGACGUUAAUCCUGUUGGCGGGCCGUCUCGGUGAUGUGUAUGGACAUAAGCUCAUCUUCCUCCUCGGUAAUGCUUGGUUCGCCUUGUUCUCGCUCAUCGCUGGACUGUCCAUUUAUACGCCUCGGCCAUAUGCUACUUUCCUCUUCGCACGCAUCAUGCAAGGCAUCGGCCCAGCCUUGUUAGUACCAAGCGCCGUAGCAUUAUUAGGUGUUACAUAUGUGCCUGGGCCACGAAAAGCUAUGCUCUUCGCCAUUUUCGGAGCCAUGGCCCCUGCUUCUGCCAUUAUCUCACCAGCCUUCACGAGCCUACUAGCUCUUGCACGAUGGCAAUAUGCCUUCUUUGCAUUGUCUCUUUUUCUCGUCUUUAUUACGCUUGCUGGUAUGUUGGUGAUACCCGGUGGACUGACUCCUGAGAGAGGGAGAAUUCCCCAAGGCGACCUUAGGACUUUAUGUGCCGAGAUGGACGUCCCUGGAGCCUUGACUGGUGUUAGUGGCCUCGUCCUUAUCUGCGUUUCAUGGAAUCAAGCUUCUAUCAACAGCUGGCGGGACCCAUACGUUCCCACACUCCUAAUCAUUGGGACUUUGUUAUGCGUGUGCUUCAUCUUCAUUGAAAAACAUGCUAGAAAGCCCUUGAUACCGCUUCAGGCCAUCAACUCAGGGGUGACGUUCGUCCUUGCAGCGGUCUUCUGCGGUUGGGGCUGCUUUGGAAUCUAUAUCUAUUACGUUUGGGAGUUCUACGAAGUAUUAAGAGGGGCAUCGCCGCUGUUAGCUACAGCAAUGCACAGCCCAAUCUUGGUUAGUGGUAUUGCAGCAGCUAUUACUACGGGUGUGAUCAUUCAUCGCGUCGGUCCUGCGGUAGUGAUGUCUCUCGCGUUAUUAGCUUUUACCAUCGGCACUACACUGAUUGCAACUGCUCCCAUCGACCAGACGUAUUGGACACAGACAUUCCUUUGCAAUUUAAUCAUCACUUGGGGAAUGGACCUGAGCUUUCCGGCAGCAACGCUUAUGCUUUCGGACUUGGUGUCUUGCGAACAUCAGGGCAUUGCGGCUAGUCUUGUUACUACCGUGGUGAAUUACAGUGGCGCGCUUGCCAUGGGCGUCGCUGGAACGGUCGAACUUCACGUGAACAAUGGUGGGAAAACGCGGGAAGAUAUUUUGAAAGGAUAUAGGGGAGCUUGGUAGUGAGUAAAGUCGAGUAAUUUUUCUUCCAUCCCCCCCUUGGAAACCUGCAUUUUCUAACCGACAAACUGAGAAUUUCAAAUCUCGUUUGCUGAUUCUGAUUGUUGCAGUGUUGCUAUCGGAUUAGGCAUAGUUGGUCUUGCCCUGUGCUUGGUGUUUAAUUGGAGGUUCUCGAGACGACGCGGAGGGCUGGACAAAAGCUGAGCAAUAGCCCCAACGCUACUGUCUGUUGGUGGAAUCGAAGCUAUGUCGCCUGAAACACUUUCAGAGUCGUCUAACUUCCGUUCUUUUGACAAAAUUCGC